CGGGAUGUCCCUGGAGUGACCUUGGGGGUAAUGAGUUCCUGAGCACGAGUCAGUAAAGCUCGCAACUCAGCCCCCAACCAUCACUGACCCACCCCUAACACACACACGCACACUACGCUCAACCCACAAAGAGACGGAAGGCGUAGUGCGAGGACAGAGGAUUCCCAUGAAAAGAGCCUAGAGGACUCAACAAUUUUCUCCCGACAUACAACCAGCACACCUCGGGAUCAAGUAAGUGCGUCUUAGGCGGGAAAACUUGCGGAUAAGCGGAGGCCGCUUUCAAGUUUGAGGUGAAACUCUGGGAGAAGUUAGUACUAAGACUGAGUAAGGGUAUGAAGAUGACCGAGUGACUGGAUUGUAAACAUGCUGCUCUGGGUGAAAGGUACUGGCAUGCAACAGAGGAUGCAGUGGAGCGCACGAGCCGCCGUGAUGGCCCUGCUGGUGCUCACCGCCAUGGCGGCCGAAGGAGGAAAAUCCGACAAACAAGGCAAGAAGGAGCGCAAGUCGGACUGCGGCGAGUGGCAGUGGAGCGUCUGCGUGGCGAACGAAGGCGACUGCGGCCUGGGCACCCGCGAGGGGACGCGCACCGGCACCGACUGUAAGCAGACCAUUAAGACGCAGCGCUGCAAGAUUCCCUGCAACUGGAAGAAGAAGUUUGGAGGGGAGUGCAAGUACGACUUCCAGGCGUGGGGGGAGUGCGACCUGACCACGGGCAAGAAGAACAGGACGGGCGUUCUGAAGAGGGCGCUCAUGGACGCCACCUGUGCCCCCACGGUCACGGCCAGUAAGCCCUGUGGGAAGAUUCCCAAGGCCAAGCUGCAAGAUGCCAAGAAACAGAAGAAAGAAGGCAAGAAGCGAGAGCGUGGCCAAACGGACUGAUAAGGAGGAAGAGGAAGACACACGCAAGAGGAGGGCGGAGUCUACUAUAUCCCGUAGGCUGUAGCGGGAGAACGCCCGUGCAAAUAAGACCCGUAGUGUUUAUAAUUAGCGUUAUCUAGAAAGAAAGAUGUUAGAAUUAAUCACUUAAUAAGGAUCAAUCCACUGGAAUAUGUUAUCAUUUUGCUGCUUUUUAUUUGUUGUUACCUCAAUUUACCCUAUUAUUUUUUAAUCCUAUUAAUCUGUGUUAACAUCUACCCAACACAAACCCCCCUUCCUUCAUUUUCCCAGAAUGCAAAAUAAAGGAAUAAAAGAUUUUUUUUAACAUUUUUAUUUCCAUCCUGAAAGAAUAUGGCACAAUUUUUAACCACUAAGAUGCAUGAAAAAUCAACCAUGUUAACUGUACAAGGGGCGGUUCAAGAAGGGGAAUAAAAGGGGGGCAUUCGGGUAGCUAUGAAACACACGUAUGUACAUAUUCAAUCCUAACAUAUAGUUUAUAUAGAUAUAUUUUUGUAUUUACAAAGCAAACUUUUUUUUUUUUUUUCCACAAGUCACACACAAAAACACCUAGCAAAGCUGGUGGCAUGGCCAAACGUUUUUUUUUUUUUGUGUGUGUCCACUUUUGGCAUCUACCCGCUCAACAUUGCAAAUCAUGCCCACACAAAUUUUGUUCAAAUAAAAAAAAAAACAACAACAAAUAAACCAGUUAACACACGGUUUCUGUACACUUUGAAACGGCACACUUUGUACACUGAUUAUAAAAUGUGUGUGAAAUGUCACGUUUGUUCAGGUGAGUCUUUGGAAGCCAUUUUGGAAUCUCUCAGUUAUGUUGCGCAGCUUAAAUUAAAGCAGCUGAAGAUCAGAGCUGAAACACCCAAGCACACAAAGAGCAAUUUCGAUUUUGUCAUUCGUGUCUAAGGCACUUUGAAAUUGCUCCGUACAAUCUGGCGAUAUUUUCCGUUCCUCGCCCGUGCCGCAAAUAUACAUUUUUUUGCGUCACCCCGCCAUUUUCCUCCACGUGGGAGGGAUUCUAGCCCUUUGACGAAAGCCGUGUGAAGAGGAGCCCGAUUAGCUCUGACGGCACGACGACUACAAGAACAGCGACGAUGUGGAAUGGGGGCGAAGAUAUUUGGACGAGAACUGUAUUUAUUAGGGCUGUCAAAAUUAUCGCGUUAACGGGCGGUAAUUAAUUUUUUAAAUUAAUCACGUUACAAUAUUUGACGCAAUUGACGCACAUGCCCUGCUCAAACAUUAAAAUGACAGCAGUGUAAUGUCCGCUUGUUACUUGUUUUUUGUUGUUUGGCGCCCUCUGCUGGCGCUUGGGUCCAAAUGAUUUUAUGGGUUUGGGAAGUGAGCAUGGUGUAAUUAUUGACAUCAACAAUGGCGAGCUACUAAUUUAUUUUUUGAUUGAAAAUUUUACAAAUUUUAAUAAAACGAAAACAUUAAGAGGGGUUUAAAUAUAAAAUUUCUAUAAAUUGUACUAACAUUUAUCUUUUAAGAACUACAAGUUUUUCUAUCCAUGGAUCGCUCUUAGAGAAAGUUGAUUUAUUGUUAUAAUAAACAAAUACAGUACUUAUGUACCGUAUGUUGAAUGUUUAUAUCCGUCUUGUGUCUUAUCUUCCCAUUCCAACAAUAAUUUACAGAAAAAUAUGGCAUAUUUUAUCGAUGGUUUGAAUUGCGAUUAAUUACAAUGAAUAGUAUUUAUUUGACGUUUACUAGUGACUAGUUUCAAUUUAGAGCCAAUAAUUGGACGUCUAUCAUCACCAAUGGCACUGAAAGAGUUAUAAUCAACACUAAAUUAACAGCCAAUGAAUGCGUUAAUGAUUUUUAUCUCGGGGGGAAAAAAAACACAAAA